GCCACAGCGUCAAAAACUCGCGAAAUCUAUAAGUGCAAGGGUCAUCUUGGUUCGUGCAGUUUUGAUCUGUCUUAGUGACAUCUGGUUCACCAUUCAACCGAAUUCUCUUGACUAUCCCUCUAGUCGUGUUCCUUGA